AUGCUCACCGAGUUGCUUUGUCCAAUUUUGGGUGAUGCUUUAUAUAUGCAACGAAUUGUGGACAUCAGCGGCGUGCCAAAUUUGAUUCAACCGAGUCAACUGUAUCGUGCUAAAAAGCAUCCAGUUCCGGAUGCUUACUCUAAACUGCCAUUAUUUUGGCAUGUAUGUCGAAGUAUCUUUCCGCGAUAUGAGUACUCACAAGCGAACAACGAUCGUGUUGAUUUGGUGGCUAACGCACCACUUCCAUCUCAUAUGCUAGCAAUGCUAGAAUGCUUGGGUAUGUCCGAUGCGGCAGUGAAAUAUUUGAACGCUAUCGCAGAGGAGGAUGAUUCGGAGAGGCGAUUUUCGGGCGAGCAAAAAUUCUGA